AUGGGUGCUAAGAAGGGCAAUGUGGUGACUUUAGAGGUAAGGAUUUAUCAUUUCUUAUAACUUGUUUUGAAAAAUUUUGAAAAAAAUUAUCGACCGGUCGAAUUUUUUUUGCUAGAUAUGUUAGUUUUAGGUAUGAUACGACGUGACAGCAUACAGAAUUCAUAAACCUUAUUGUACGAUUGAUUUUUUACAUUUUAUUUUGAAAAAUUUUGAAAAAAAUAUCGACCGGUCGAAAUUUUUUUGGGAUAGAAAAGUGUUUUAACUGUAAAAUGAUGAAAAGGCACACAGAAUUUUAAAAAUUAUGAUUUUAUAAAUAAUUUCUUAAUUUUUUGAAAAAAUUUGAAAAAAAAUAUAUCGACUGGUCGAAAAUUUUUUUUUGUUAGAAUUAUUAAUUUUAAGUGUAAAAUUACGUAAAAGCAUACAGAAUUUUUUUUAAAUAUGAUUGAUUUGUCAUAUCUAUUUCAAGAAUAGCAAGGAACAUGCUUACAACUUGACCUAUUUUCACUAAAAAUGAUAUUAUGUAUUGUAGGUCUUGAGCAAUGGAGCCUCUCAGCUUAACCCAUGUUUAUUGCUUCGUACUCUCAGUAAGACCUACAUGUUUAACAUACCAGAAUCUGUGCAGCGUUUUCUACCGUUUGUAUCUUUAACACCUAAAAACAUACAUGACAUAUUUGUUACCAAAGGUACGGUAUUGAUUACGGUAGUGCUACAAGUUUUUUUAGGGGAGGAUGGGAAGAGGUGGUCAAAAAUUGUUAUGUUAUGACAUUUUGUUAUGACCUGUUGUAUGUAUGUCUAAAAAUGACAACUUUUUUACGUAUGGUACCAUUGUACUAGAUAUUAACAUACCCGUACUAAAUAGCACCAUUUCAGCCGACUGGUCCCACUUUGGAGGCCUAAAAGGCAUGCUAAUAUCAAAAGACCGUAAUGACAGGGAAGAUGUUCGUGUGUUUGGAGCUGAACUCUUGCAUAACGUGCACCAUACGAUACGACCGUUCAUGGGCUUUGAUGACGAUGGUAAGGUAACAUGUAAUGUUGUUGUAAAUACUGCUGUUGACGGUCUAUAUGAAGAUGAUCUUAUUACUGUUUUUACUAUUGAAUUGGAUGGGGAUUUUUAUCGGCAUGGUAAUGGGAAUGGAAAAGGUUCUGGUGAUAAGAAGGUGAAAAGACGAAAUUGCGCUUUUUUGGUCGAACUUAAGGUAGGUUUAACGUUGCUGGAUGGCUUUUUAAAUUUAAAUUUUAAAAUAAGACUGGAAUCAGUUUGGUCUACAUUUAUCCUUGUCUUUAGCUUAUAAUUGUUAGCUUUCGAGAGUAGACAUGAGAAACGGGCCGGGUUCAUUUUUGAUUUUGGUCAGGCCUGGCCCGUUUCUCAUGUCUAGCUGAGAGGGUAGGUGACUUUUACACACGCACCCCCUUCUCUCUAGUUACGUCCCUGCUCUAGUUCUACCUCUAUUUCUACUUUUUUUUAAUUUCUCACCAAUCUUACAUUAUAGUGCACUACCAUUGUCAUAACUUUUGCUACAUAACAGCGUAGUUAGCUAUGAUUUAACAUGGCAUACAGUGUUUUGCCAGAUCGGACCCAAAAAUUUGAAGUUUGGACCGGACCGUACCCGAAAAAUCGCCGGACCGGACCGGUGAAAAACGCUCCGGACCGGUCCGGGCAAAACACUGAUGGCAUAGUAUCAUGGUAUAAUAAUAUAGCAUUAAGGAAAGUCUACCCUAAGUCGUAUCUUUCCAAUUUUUGCCAAACUUGAUAUUUUUUAUCAAUUUUCAGCCAAAAGAACGUCAAAUAGACCCAGUAAAGUUGAAGAAUAUGAAAGGGCCAAAAGGACCACUGAUUGGAGCUUUAAAAGCUGGAAAAAGCGUAACCCUACUUGAUGGGACAGUGAUCAAUCCGGACGAUGUUCUAUGUGAUGUUGAAGAAGAAACGUUGCCAUUGAUAAUGUUUUUGGAAAUCGAAAGUGAACGACAACUGGAAUGCUUGAUGAACAGUGGUGUUAUGCAGGUAUAGAUCAUAUUAUAGGGCGGUUUUUAGAUAUUUUGGAUUAAAAACUCAUUAAAACGAGGGUAGGGUAAUUGCUUAAAAAUUUUUUGAAAUUUUAAAAAUGCCAGAUUUUUUUGAAAUUAAAAUUUUGUAAUUUCAGGACCACCUGCAAGAAGGUAAAACCCUCUCUCAUAUUGUCCAUUUCACGUCAGAAGCCACUUUAAAUUCUAAAUGGUAUCAGAACUUUAUGGACAAUAUGAAUGGUCAACAUAUCAUAGUUAACGGCUCAGCUGAACCGAUGCCAAUCUUUGAUGGAGCAUAUGAAAAUCAACACAUACUGGGACAGAUCGACAGCCACAUCUUCCCGAAAUUGUGGAAUGACAGAGUUGGAAAGGUUUAUAGGGUAGGUUUGGGAUGUUUCUAUGUUAUAGUUGGGUGGACUUGUAAACUCUAUAGGGUGGAGUUAUAACUAUGGCUGGCAAAGAUUUGGCUACGGCUGCUUUUAAGCUUAAGAAGAGUACGUAAAGAAGCUAUGAUAGGGAAUGGUGUAGUAGAGUAAGGUAGAUUAUGGUAAGGCUACUCCACUUUGCAUUGUACUGAAAGGCAAUGUGGGGUUUCUAUGAGGUAUGGUAGAGUAGGAUAGGGUAGGGUAGGGUAUGAUAGGGCAAGGUAAGGUAGGGUAGGGUAGGGUAGGGUAGGGUAGGGUAGGGUAGGGUAGGGUAGGGUAAGGUAGAGUAGAGUAGAGUAGAGUAAGGUAAGGUAAGGUAAGGUAAGGUAGGGCCUGGCAGGGCCGAGAAAGGCAAUGUAGGGUAGGGUGGAAUGAAUUGAAGAAUAGAGUAGACUAAGCCACUUAUGGGAGAAUAUAUAAUCUAAUCAAUGUAAAACUUUAAAUUUUAAAAGGAAAAUUCUUAAGAAAAGUAUUGUUUUAGAAGACGAUAAGUAGUGCUGAAUCUAAAAUCCGGCCAAAUGCUUAUGAAAGUAUCAUUAUUCGUGGUAAAACAGUCAAGAAAGGCAAUAAAAACAAAGAAAAUGACUCAAAAGUAGAUGAUAUUGAUGAAGAACUCUGCUUUUCAAUAACCCAUACUGAAUUGGAGGAGAGAAUAAACGACAAUCCAGCUAUCAAAGAUGUCUUGGACAAGUUUAGAGAAGGUAAUAAUCUAAAAACAUGACCUUUUAGGUUGUUUAAAUAAUUCUGUGCCCUCACUCAAAAAACAUUUUUGGAGUUAAGGACCCUAGAAUUAUUUGAACAACCUAAUAAUUUACAAUAUACUUCAGAUUCAUCCAAUAUCAAUACCAAAGAUACCUCCACCUACCCUGCUAUAGUAUUCCUAGGCACAGCUUCAGCUUCUCCAACCAAAUAUCGUAAUGUAAGCGGCUAUCUGGUACGGUUGUCCCCAACUUCGACCAUAAUGAUCGACUGUGGAGAAGGCACAUACAGUCAGAUGAAGGUAUUGUAUGGAGAUGAACUACCAUACAUCAUGACUACAUUAAGUGGGUUGUUCAUUACUCAUGGCCAUUUGGAUCAUAUCUACGGGUUGACUACGGUAGUUGAGGAGAGGAUCAAGGUCUUUGAGCAAAAAGGUGGGUUUUUGGCGUAGAGGUACACUAUGUUAUAUUGUCUUUUACUACGUGUAUUAUACGUUACUUUAAUGGAUUUCAAUCUAAUUAUAUAUACCUUAGUGGAAUAAUAUCUAUUUUUAGGUAUACCAUACGAGCGAUUGACCAUCGUUGGCAAUUUUUAUUGUAAAAAGUUUUUUGAUAUCUACUCACGGUACUUCAACUUCUUGGAAUAUAAAGUAAGAUGGGUGGAUUCAAUCGCAAAACAUUCGGAUGACUACGGAGAAGAGUAAGUCCUUUGUUGAUAUUAUUGAUAGUAAUACGAGCAGGAUACACCUGCUUCUCUCUUUUUUAAGCUUCAUGUUACAAAAGUUGCGUUUGUCAAAGAUAUUGUAAAAUAAGUUUAAAAGACAAAAAUUACCGUACUUUUUUAUAUUCCCUUAUCACAGAGCUCAAUAUAUUGAAAUAUAUUACUGUAGGUUGUCAUCCCUCGACCUCCACAUACCCUACCUAGAAUCCGCAACCGUAAUCGCCGUUGAUCACAUUGAUCUGGCUACGGGCUACGCUUUCCACACCUUAUGCGGCAAAAAGAUUGUCUUUUCUGGCGACACAAAACCAUGCAAAAACCUGGUCCGCCACGGCAUGGGUGCAGACGUACUCGUUCACGAAGCCACAUUCGAAGACGCGUACGCCGAAGACGCGGACCGUAAACGGCACUGUACGACAGGUCAAGCGGUGACAAUCGGCAAGAAAAUGAAGGUCAAGUAUGUCAUCUUGUCGCAUUUCUCAGCCAGAUAUCCGAGAUGUCCUGUUUUGAGCAACAAAAUGCUUAAACGUGGCACAACGACCGUUGCGACAGAUUUUAUGGUGUUGAGUGGAACCGACUGA